GCUGAGCUGGCUUCCAGUGAUAGAACAGCACCAAGGUAGCCGUGUGAAAGGGCAGGUGUUCUUGAGAGGCAUUUAGAUAGCAGUGAAAAGUAAGAAACACCUGAAGAGUUUUCUACCUGUUGGCACAAGUGGGUUGAAAGGCUACAGGCAAUGUGUAUAAAAGCAAUUAGCUAGACAAAGGCAGAAAAAGCAAGAGAGAGAGAGGAAAGAAAGAACUGAAGUGCCUGUUGGAGAGGUGUUUUUUUUAAAAAAAACCUUCUUUUUUGGGUGUGUGGGCAGCAUUUAAACAUGUUUAGGAAGCCUCCUGUAUCAACCAUCUCUCAUGGCAGCUACCUGCAAGGACAAUCUAAUGGCAAGUUGCCCUCUGUGUGUGACAACAAGGCAGUCCAAGAGGACAAAGUGGUGCUGAAGAAGAAAGUAACUCUACUGAGAGGCAUAUCCAUUAUAAUUGGCACUAUCAUUGGAGCAGGAAUCUUCAUCUCUCCCAAAGGAAUCCUCGAACACACGGGAAGUGUGGGAAUGUCCUUGACUGUUUGGACUGUCUGUGGUAUCCUUUCCCUCUUUGGUGCUCUCUGCUAUGCUGAACUGGGCACAAGUAUCAAAAAAUCUGGUGGUCACUAUACAUACAUCCUGGAAGCCUUUGGCCCAUUACCUGCUUUUGUAAGAGUAUGGGUGGAGCUGCUAGUCAUACGCCCAGCUGCCACAGCGGUAAUAUCUCUGGCAUUUGGACGUUACAUAUUGGAGCCAUUUUUUAUGCAGUGUGAAAUCCCAGUCCUUGCUGUUAAACUGAUUACAGCCGUGGGAAUCACAAUUGUAAUGGUCUUGAAUAGCAUGAGUGUCAGUUGGAGUGCCCGCAUCCAGAUUUUCCUAACCUUUUGCAAGCUCGUAGCAAUUUUGAUAAUUAUAGUCCCUGGAGUUAUGCAGCUAAUUAAAGGAGAAACUCAGCACUUUAAAGACGCAUUUGUGGGGAAUGCAGCCAGUGUCAAGGGAUUGCCUCUUGCUUUUUAUUCGGGGAUGUAUGCCUACUCAGGAUGGUUUUACCUCAACUUUGUUACUGAAGAAGUGGAGAACCCCGAAAGAAAUGUUCCACUUGCCAUUUGCAGUUCAAUGGUUAUUGUCACAGUUGGCUAUGUGUUAACCAAUGUGGCCUAUUUUACAACACUCAGCCCUGAGGAUCUACUAACGUCCAAGGCAGUGGCAGUGACAUUUGCUGAACGUUUACUGGGAAGUUUUUCCUUAGCUGUUCCCAUUUUUGUGGCACUCUCUUGCUUUGGAUCUAUGAAUGGUGGUGUUUUUGCUGUCUCCAGGAUGUUCUACGUCGCAUCCCGUGAGGGUCACCUUCCGGAAAUUCUCUCCAUGAUUCAUGUUCGCAAGCACACUCCUCUACCAGCUGUCAUUGUUUUGUACCCUCUGACUAUGAUCAUGCUCUUCACUAGUGAUCUCUACAGCCUCUUGAACUUCCUCAGUUUUGCCAGGUGGCUUUUUAUAGGAUUGGCAGUUGCUGGGAUGAUUUACCUCCGAUAUAAACGCCCUGAUAUGCUUCGUCCUUUCAAGGUGCCACUCUUUAUUCCUGCUCUGUUUUCCUUCACCUGCCUGUUCAUGGUUGCAUUAUCACUUUAUGCUGACCCUGUCAAUACAGGCAUCGGCUUUGCAAUAACACUGACUGGUGUGCCUGCCUACUACCUCUUUAUCAUAUGGGACAAGAAGCCAACGUGGUUUAGACGGCUCUUAGCCAAGACAACAUCAACAUUGCAAAUAAUCUUGGAAGUAGUUCCACCAGAGGAGAAUCUGACAUCAUGAACUUCUACAGUUGGAUGAGGCACUGUUGACCAAGCAUCCAGUUUCUUCACCAGUUGAUGAAGAAAAGAGCUUUCUCAACGUUUCUGAAAAAAAUGGAGAAAUGAUCUAAACAUCACUUUUAAGCUAAUACUUGAUAAGAACUAUAGAUGGAACUGUUUUCGGUGUCAACAUUUUUUAUAUGUAGUUAUUCAAUACUAUGGAUAGGCAACGGUCUUGAUAGCAGAGGCUACAAAACUGUUGUGGAACAAAGUGCAUUUUCUCCUUUUAUGAGAAUAGAGUCAAUGUGAUAUUUAAAAUAUAUUGUAUCAUACAAGGAAUCCAGUUUUUCACAUUGAUGAUUUUUAUUGUAGUGCAAAUGAACAUUUGUUUUAAAAAUGUUCAAAUAGCUAGAAAUAAUAGCAUGGAUGAUGUUUGCAUUCUGUGUAUUGGGCAAGAAGGAAGACAGGAGUAAAAAAAAUGUUUCAGUACAAAAUUACUCCAUACUUUUUUUAAUAUCCCACCUUUCUGUUUCAUUGAUUUAAUUGCUGAAAACAAAAAUGUGCACAUUCUGUUUGCCUUCUUAGUGUUUGAAGGUAUGAAUGGGUUUCCUGAAAAUGCCAAUGAAUGUAGCAAUAGAUGGACAGGGAGGCACUUUCUGUAUGACCAAUAAUGACAUAGGUACUGUGCUAUCCUGUGACUUAGGCAAGUUUGCUCUACUGUACUGUAUCUCAGUUGUAAAUUGACACAAAUAUGUUCUAACAGCUAUGCUGUGCUGAUGCAACUGAAUUAUUGGUAACACUUUAUACCAUUUUGGUGACUCAUAAGCAUCUAAGAAGGUGGCAUUUAUUGUCUUCAUUGCUGGCCCAGUCUUACCAAUGGAGCAGUUGUCUCAAAUUUGAUCAUGGUGGCUGUUACCCGUGACCCAUUCAGGCUGCACUUGCACAAUUGUCUGAGAUAAUUGAUGUCACCAGCACAGCACCAAAGUUUGUGUUGUUUCUAUGUAGCAGACCUUGUAGUAUAUCCAAUGUAGCACAAAAAUGCAUAGGAUUGGACCAAUUGGGAGGGUAGCACCUUCUCAGUGUUUGUUUUUUUAAAAUGUAGUAAUGUAUCUUAAUAACAAAUUAUUAUUGAGUCUGCAUUUAUUAUAUUUUCCAGUCUUACCCAUGCAUUUUAAACAUGGCAGCUAUCAAAGCUUUGAUUUUAACUUUAGGAAUUUGGGAGUUAUGAUUGGAAGUCGAAGAACCAUGAAGUUAAUUCUGUUCAUUUAAGGUGGCGUUGGACUACUGUUUCCCAAUGCCAAAUGCCAAAACAUUUUUAAAAAUGACAUGAUUUUAAGAAAACAAAAAACUAUUUUGUGAGAUGACAAAGGAUUAAAAUUUCCAUAGGAGAAAAAGACCAAACAAAAAUCCCAUUAAGUAGAUUUGUAGUAUCUAUGCAGCUUCGGAUCCCAUCUUCUAAGUUUUAUUCUAGGUUUAUCAACAAGUCAACAGUAGUUUCUCCCUUAACAGUCUAAUACUUCCGUUUUUCCAGUGGCAUAUUAAGUUAAAAAUAUUGAUGAUGUGGAUAUUCAUUUUGAAUAUCACAAGUUUGCAUUUAUGUGCAGUAGACGUUAUCUAAUAAAUCUAAAUUUUAUUACAUUAUCUAAAUGUAAUAAAAUGUAAUGUAAAUUUUAUUACAUUAUCUAAAUGUAAUAAAAAUAAAUAAAUAUCUCUGACUUCAAUUCUGUUACAUGGUAAAGUUUGCUAUCCCGCCAGCUACCUCAUGAUAACAACAACAAAAAGUGAGAUGAGACUAACUUGCUGUCCUGAAAUAGUAACCCAACCUUGUGUAUAGACAGAGGUUACUUGUCAUCAGUUGGAAGCAUAACAGGAUGCUCUUUCUCAAGUUCUUCCUCAUCAAACCAUCAUGGUUAGUAAAUAUAUUUUCAAAUGAAACAAAGCAUCUCCUUCCAGUUUUUUUUUUUUUGUAGUUCCAUUGUCAUAUUUUCCUCUCUCUCUCUCUCUCUCUCUCCCCCCACUAGGAAAAACAAACCACUCCCCUCCCAACUUUCACAUAUAGUAGCCCUAAGUGUUAACUUGAAACUGGGAGUUAUUCAAACUGACACUACCUAUGUCAAUAGAAUUCUGUCGAGUUUCUUCUUGUGUUCCAAAGUUUCUUUUCCUUUUUUUUUUUUUUUGCAGUUGGAAGCAUAACAUUAAAAUAUGUUUUAGACAUCACUUUUUAGUAGGAUUAGUGGCACCCAUGGAGGCUCUGUGUCCUUAGAGAAAUUGCCUCCUUCAUUAAUUGUGCAAUUUCAUAUUCCGUACACAGUGAAUAAUUUGUAAAGUAAUCGUGUGACUUUUAGAAAGGCGCACAGGAGACUUAUUAUUCUAAUUAAUAAUUCCAUUGCAUGAAUAUUUACAAUCAUUAUAAUAAUACAAAGCUAUAUUAAUGAGGUACCCACUGUGUGAUAAAACAAGGAGAGUAAGUUGCAAAGAAAUGUAUAGCUGUACAAAGCCCAGAGAGUAAACAAAGUUGCAUGUAAAAUAGAUGGAUAAUGCUGAGUAGUGUACUGGAGACUGAAACUCUAAGGCUCUAGCUAGAUGUGGGAUGGCAACCCAAACCAUAGAACAGGGAUUGUGUCACAGCCAUAACACAGAUGCAACACAAUGGGGGAAAGAGAUGAUUUCAGGUGGUGGCAUAGUGGGUGGGAGGAGUUCAUCCACCCACUUCUGUUGCCCCCAGAACCUGCUCCCUGUUUCCUUUAGCUGGGCUUACUUUCAGAGCUUCUGUACAUGAGAGAUUUAUUGCAUGCUCCUGAUUCUCCUCAAGCUCAUGGAAGUUUGAGUGUCCAUUACAUAAUGCCAUCAACCUCCAGAAGUUUCCUGCUCCUUCCUCCAGUAUUCUUGCUUUUAGAAAGAUCAGGGAUAAUGCACUAUUUAAAAUUAUCGUGGGAUAUCCCCAGUAUGUAAAGUCAGCAUGGUGCUACAACGAAGCCACUAGAUGGCACUGUUUUUUUGAACUUUAUGGAGCAUUGCAGAGAGAGGAAGUUUUUAAUUACAAAUCACAUGGUCAGCAUUGGCUGCCAUCUAAAUGAACUGUUGUAAACACAGAAAAGACCUGAGAAGAAGAAAGCCUGAUAAGGGUGCAGUCCCCCCACUUAAUUUAGAGACACUCUUGAUCUCAGAACCUGGCCAGGAAAAAUGUGUACAGACCUAAUUGAAGUGGCUGGCAUAACAGGGAUUCAUCUGCCCUCUCCUGCCUAUCAUUCCUCUGCGUAAAUCCCUCUUAGUUUACAACUCAUGGGACUGUUGCCAUGAUUGCAUGUAGUUAGGACCUACGUAUGAGUAUAGGUCUAAUUAAAUACCUUCAUGCAGGACUACUGCAAGAAGGAUCCACAGUAUGUAUCAACAAGGCCUUAGAGCCCAAUCUGAUAGAAACGCUUACAUGAAUAAGGAUGGGAAGAACGAAUUCUGCAGAUUUGUUCUAUCCAUCUCCAUCUACCUAUUGAUUUGCUGCUGCUCGACACAAAGUGUUCAGUUUUGGUCCUCAGCACCACUAGAAUAGUCUGAUGCUACAACUAUUUCUACUUUGUGAAUCACACACAGCUGUUAAGUAGUUUACCUGAGCAGGAGCGUUCCUGCAU